AGUCGUAGGAAGAAAGGGAUGAAUCGAACGUGAAUGUUAAUUGAGAUACUACAAGUUACAAUUGUGAGUAAAAAUGUGGUUGCCUACUUUGAGCUCAGGCUCAAUUGAGGGAGUGAAGAGAAGAGGGGAGAUGCCGUUACACAGGUUCAUCUCAAUGUCUAUGAUAUAACGCAUGUGAACAACUACCUCUGUUGGUCUGGCAUAAUUCCAUUGUGGAAUAUACAGGGAGGAAUCCACUUGAAAGCCAAAUUUAUUUAGUUGGUCUGUCGUUAUUAGCUGAAACGAAGAAUCAAAGCCGUCAGUUGGGCCGAAGCUUCCCAUGCAUCAAGAUAAGAGAUUAAAUCAAAGAUCAAAUUUUGUUUGGUAUAUAUAUAGAGUAAUUCUUGUGUCCACCCCCUAGGGUGAACCUAUAGGUUCACCUAGCCAAUAAUAACUUGCCACAUCAUAUUUAGUUUUUGGAAGAAAAAAAAGGUUAAAAACAUAAAUGAAAUUAUCUACAAAAUUGAAAAGAGAAAAAGAAUUAAAAAAAAAAAGGAAAACAGAAUAUGACGUGAAGUUAUUUAACGCCGUGGAAUACAAUUUUUCUCCUUCGUCGGCUGAAGAAAAAAUAGAUCACAGAGAAGAGAUGAAUCUGUGUUUGUGAUUUUCUGAGUCUUUAAUUCCUUGCUUUCAAAUCCAAUCUCGAAUUCACCUCCGAUCAAUAAAGUUUGAGAAAGAAUGGAAAAUAAUCAAUUAAGUGGUCAGGAAGCUAUUUUUGGUGGUCAGUAUGGAUCUACUUUACAAGUUGUCUCAGGUGAUUCCACUUUGAUAUAUCAAAAGUUGGUUGAUGGUUGGAACUCUAUUUAUUCCAAAUUAUAGAAUAAGAAAAUGCAUAAUUAAAAUAGUUGAAUUCGUCAUUAAGUUUACCUGUUCAUAAUUAAAAGAGUUGAAUCCAUUAGUUUUGUGGGGGAAUGAGAAGGUGACUUUUAGUGCAAAAAACGAUAACUGAAGUUAGGUGUCAGCAUGUCAGGGACAUGAGGUUUUAUUGCUACAGGCAAAGUUGAUUCUCCUUUAGUCAAUUUAUAUUAGUAGUUGUAGGUAACAAAAUAAACACGUGUUCUUAUGACUUUUGUUCUCACAUGUCGACAAUAAGAUGAUGAGGUCUUUUUUAAUCUGUUGUUAUAUCUCUUUUCAGGUGAUUCUAGUGAGGAACAUCAAAAAUUGGUUGAGUUUUUAGUCGAGGAAGACGACACUUCAGUCACUGAAUCUGAGGAAGAAUAUGAAAUAGCCAACAUAGAGGAUGAAGUUGAAACUGAAGGUGUUAAUGCUAUAGAAGCAAACAAUGAGAAUGAAAAGAAAGAUGAAUUGUCUAUUGGGAUGGAGUUCAGUUCUGAUGAGACUGCGCAUAUAGCUUAUUGUAAGUACGCAUGCAAUCAUGGUUUCAACGUAAGAAAACAAAGGAGGACGAAAAAGAAAAAAGAAGAUAAUAAGGCAGCAAGGAUUCUGUAUGUAUGCUCAAAAGAGGGGGUUAGGAAAGAAUCUAAGGUCAAGAGAUCAUAUACCCGACCAAUCACAAGGUGUGGUUAUAAAGCUCAUAUGGCUUGCUACCUUCAGAGUAGCGGAAGAUAUAAGAUUGUGUCUUUCGAGCCGAACCAUAACCAUGAUUUAGUGAGGACACCCAUGAAGCAUUUGCUGAAGGGAAAUCGAGCAGUCACUGUCUCUCAAAAACAACAUGCUGAUGAUGCCGAGAUGUCAGGAAUUUCAGCAAAAGCAACCGUUGAAAUGAUGUCCAUGGAAGUUGGGGGGAGAGAAAAUUUGGGUUUUUUGGAGAAAGACUAUCGCAAUUACAUAUACCGUAAGCGGAUGUCAACAAUGGUAAAAGGAGAUGCUGGAGCAGUUUUGGAAUACUUUCAGAAAAAGAAGGAAGAAAAUUCAUCGUUUUUCUAUUCAAUGCAACUUGAUGUGGACGAUAUGAUCACAAAUAUCUUCUGGGCGGAUGAUCGGUCUAUAAGUGAUUACAAUCUCUUUGGAGAUGUUGUUUGCUUUGACACAACUUAUAAGACCAAUGAUUAUGAUAGACCGUUUGCUCCAUUUGUCGGGGUUAAUCAUCAUAAACAGACUGUUGUGUUCGGAGCUGCUCUCUUAUAUGAUGAAACCACUGAGUCUUUUAAGUGGCUUUUUGAGACUUUUCUUGGAGCAAUGUCUGGGAAACAACCAAGAACAAUUCUCACAGACCAGUCUGCAGCAAUGGCAAAUGCAAUAGUGAAGGUGUUUCCAGAAACAAAACAUAGAUUAUGUGUCUGGCAUAUUUACGUAAAUGCUGCAAAGAAUUUGAGUCGUGUGUUUCACGGACCUGAAUUCUACACUCAACAAGAGCACACAGCGAAUUGGUUUCAUACGAAAAGUAGUAAUGGUUUGGGAGAUAUGCCAUUUACAAGUCAGACUAUCUACACUGCAUCCGAACUGGUUCUAUUUAAGGAAAGUAACCCUUUGCUUAAGGAGUGUGCAACUCAAACUCACGUGUAGAAACCAGGAGAUCAUUCAUUACAUCUAAGACCACUUGGAGAGUUCAUACCAUGCACUAAACCUCACUGGAUCAGCCAGCAAACCGUUCUAUCAGAUAUCAUCAUCAUCAUCACUUCCAUCCAGCCGGUUUCAUAGUUGAUUAGAUCAAUUAGAAGAACUACCCCUCUGGAUCGUCCAUCACUUUGAUCCAAGGAUCUUGUGAGCCUUUUACAGCUUAGGCUUACAUCAAGUCCUCACUUUGGAUUUUCUUGGUGGCUGUAAUUUGGCAGUGUUGGAAAGUCCACUCUCUUGAUGAUGUUAACUGGAACACUCUGAAGCAGCCUCAUAUGAAUUCACAACGCUUACAGCUAUUGCUCCCUCUCAGUUGUGCUUCUUCUUUUCUGUUUGGUGUCUUCUUAGAUCACCAACUUCUGAUGUUCGGUUCCCUUGACCUGAAUCUUAGCUUAUCUGUUUUUUUUUUUUUGUCAUUGGACCUUCUUGGUACUCAACUUCUGUUACAAAGUUCUGCUUCUGAAGGUUCUGGAUCAUGUGAUCAACCUUUGAUCAACAAGCUCAGUCUCUCUCUUGACAAUAACCCAGGCUUAGCUUCUCUGUUUUUAACUUAGCUUCUCUGUUUUUAAUUUAAAAUCUUAGUUCAAAAUAAUACCAAAUCAUGGACACUUACUAGAUGGAAGUUGGUGAAUAUAAAGAGCCUAGAGAAGAAGGAAGAGUAGUCAUCCAACCAUCUCUAGCAAUGAAAGGUUUAGUGUUUAUUUUAUUUUUUUUUGUAAAAAGGCUAACGAGGUUAGUGUUUAUAUGAAAAGCAUGCUCAGAAAAGGAUGAACAUGGUAUAAGGUUUCUUGAACAUGGAAUAAGCAAGGAUUGAAGAAACAUAAAAGGAUCAACAUGGUUUGAUUUGCUUAUUCCAUAAUUUAUUCUCCCAUCCAACUCUUCCUUCUUAUUCUAUAAUUUUCAAAUUGAAGAAACAGAAAAAGAUGAACAUGGCUUGAUUUGUCGAUAAAGAAGACGACGGCGUUAAAGAUUAUUAGUGUUACAAGUACAUUGAUCGGAGGUGAAUUCGAGAUUGGAUUUGAAAGCAAGGAAUUAAAGACUCAGAAAAUCACAAACACAGCUUCAUCUCUUCUCUGUGAUCUAUUUUUUCUUCAGCCGACGAAGAAGAAAAAUUGUAUUCCACGGCGUUAAACAACUUCACGUCAUAUUCUGUUUUCCUUUUUUUUUUUUAAUUCUUUUUCUCUUUUUAAUUUUGUAGAUAAUUCCAUUUAUGUUUUUAACCUUUUUUUUCUUCCAAAAACUAAAUAUGAUGUGGCAAGUUAUUAUUGGCUAGGUGAACCUAUAGGUUCAACCUAGGGGGUGGACACAAGAAUUACUCAUAUAUAUAUAUUACUUUCCAUCCUGUCUGAAUGAAAUAAAGAAAGAAUAAUAUGUGUAACCUAUUCUAUUUCCAUCUUCGUUUCUUCACAGGAUCUGGUGAUGCCCAUUACUGUUUCAUUAGAUUCUGAAUUUUGGUAUGUUUGAGUCAGAGAAGGAAGCCAAGAAAGAAGUUUUCACGAAGUAUCGAGUCCAGUGGAGUGGAGUUCUUGAUACUCUCACCAAAGGUGUAGUUUCUUUUUCUGUAUUCCACCAUUACUUAACCUUUUGCGACAAUUAUGUUUUCUUAAACACGAUCUGUUCUGGAUAAUAACUUGAUUUAUGCCAACACAGUGGUGGUCUUCAAUGUAGUUAUUGUUGCUUUGUA